AUGCAGUGGAAGCCGCACUCCAUGUUGCCUCCCAUCAUGGUCCUUUACCUCACCGUCGUUGUUACCUUCCGAGGCCUUUUACCCGCAGCAUCCGCCUUGGCCCUGCCCCCGAAGAUCGUCCACAAUCAGAAGGUUAUACAGGCUAUCAGCCAUAAUAUCCACGGCAGCACUGCACCAGCCAUCAAACACGUUGUGGCCACGGCCAACGUCUCUCCCUCUACCUCUACGACAAGUGCACCAAGCACGGACUGCAUAAAGAUCAAGAGCAAGAGCAAACUUGAACAGACAAAGUCAAUCCUCAAGUACUUGAAGGCUGCAUUCCACGACGCAAUCCAAGCAGCCGAAAACUUCCAUGAAACCAUCGUCAAAUCCAUCAUAGCCAGUGCUACCCAUGUGCACCUCGAACCCCGCUCCCAUACCCCCUUCCCACUCCCAGUACAUGUACAAGUAAAGGUAAUCAAACCUCCAGCCCUCCAUGCAGGACCCUAUACCCUCCACUCAAACAGCCAGCUCAACACUAACACCACGCCGCAUUCCCGGCUGCAGCAGCUCAACCUCUCGAAGGACCACGAAGAAGAUGGCAAUGUGCAUCACCUCAGACAGGACGUGAACGAGGUGAGCUAA